AUGGCCUGCAUUGAGGAAGAGGCGAGGCGCGUGUUCCAGUUGAUCGACUCGGAUCGCGACGGUUGGGUGAGUCUGGAGCAACUGCAGCUUUACCUCCUCCACGACGGCUUCUCGGACGGCGAUGUCGAGGUAGGCGUUGUUUUCACACUCCUCACACAAACCACCCUUUCCAUUUCGCCAAUCCCCGCUCCACACUCACCGCUGGUGAAAACACACACACCGGCCCAGCCACUCUUUGCCCCUCCUUCACAACCUUCCCUCCCCCUACACACACACACACACACACAGUUCUGUCUAUGUAUGUGUCGUUGUUUAUGUGUGUGUUUGUGUAUGUGUGUGUGUGUGUGUGUUGUAUGUGUAGAAGGGCAUAAAUUCGCCAGGUUGAAGAUCACAAAACGAAGCGAUAGGCAAAGCAUAUACAAAAAUCGACAAGUGACUAUGAAAAUGUAA